CCACAGCAACGCCCGCCGGCAGGAUUCAUGUCCUCCCUGUCUCUGAAUUAUGGUGCUGUUCUGGGCCAACGCCGACCAGGGCAGUUGUGGCGCCUGGUGCGUAUGGCCAAAGACAGGCAAUUUCAAGCUUUAGACAGGGAGGGGUGCUCCUGCUCUCAGCCCCACCUGGCAUUCUCAGUGGCUUUGGUAAAUCCUUGUCGUGGUUUAACCCCCACCGUGCGGCCACUCACGCCCUUUUCCCCCCGCAAGGGAGAAGAGGGAGAAAAGGAGGGAAAAGGAAAAAACCUCUUGGGUUGAGAUAAAGACAGUUUAAUAGAACAAGAUAUAGAAAAAGACAAAUGACACUACUCAUACCAAUAGUAACACCAGGCACUCUCACUGCCAGGUGAAUUGUCAUCAUCUGGAGCAGUGAUCACGGAUUCCCACCCCCGGCUAACCCCCAUUUAUGUACUGAGCAGGAUGUCUAUGGUAUGGAGUAUGUCAUUGCCCAUGCCAUCCUUCUGUCAGUUCUUCUAUGGGAAGCUGAAAAAAAGUCCUCCCGAAAUGUAAACAUCACUCAGCAACAAUUACAACAACAGGUAUGCUUGACGUUCCUGUCACAAGCAUGCCUAGAAAGAGAGACUAACUCCGUGCCAGCUGAAACCAGGCCAACCCUCCACCGGCCCCGUCUCCUCAGCCAGCCUCCUACAGCUGCGCGGUGGAGCCGUGCUCACACGCGGGAGCACAGGGCAGCCACAGGGGAACAGCAGGAGCAGCCACGCGCGUCGCAUUCACUGAGCCGGGCCGGGUCCCCGGAGGGCGGAGGGCAGCGGCCUCAAGCGCAGCAGCCUCAGAGCUGGUGAGAGGUGCCGCGGCCUCCUGCUGCCAUCCUGGCUUGUGUGGGUGGAAGGCAGGCACACGGCUGAGGGGGCAGCCCGGUGCCCAGGGUGGCAGGGCAGGCUCCCUCUGAAAGUGCAAGAGCUGCUCUCAAGGCCCUUGAGGCGUAGCAUGGCUUCCCAGGCACCAGAACUGGGCCCCAGACAAACCGGGCUCACUCGGGGUGCUUUGUUUUCUGACAAUUGACCUGAAGGUGGUGCCCCGUAUCUGCGUAGAGUAGACAGGAGGCAGCCUCAGAGAGCACAGCUUGUCUUCUGCGCAUACUCUGCCACUCCAGCACCACAUUUUGCAGGUGUUUAAGGGGAACUGAUGAGAGAGGGGGGCACACUUCACAGAUAACUGAAGGAAGAGUUGGGGUCAUUUUGGGGAGAGGACUCUGGCAGGGACAGCAGUACCCAGCAAACCCCACCAGUAAUGCCAUGGAAGUCCACGGCGACCCAGCUCACAGGGCCUGAAACACCAAUGCUGUUCACAGAUGGAGCAAACGUGGGAGCAGGGGGGAAAUAUCCGGGGCUGGGUCCCUUGUCUGGGAGGAGAGAGAAGGGCAGAGAAAGGGAGGAGACAGGGAAGGUGCGGGGGAGGUACAAGCGUGGAAAAGGGAGACAAGGCAGGGUGAAGGAGCCCGUCACUCAGAAGCAAGCCACUGGUCGGUUUGCUUGUUUGACCGAGCCCUGCACCUAAUCACCACAGUCCAUACCACCUUCUUUUUGAGAGUCUUACAUGCCCAUGCAGCAUCAUCCAUCACACAGACCAUCUCUGGCACCCCCUGGCACCCAGCCUACAGCCUAAGCGUGCAGAUGGGAAGAAGCAGACAUGGCCUGUGGAAAAUAAUGUCAGGAAUGGGAGCGGAGAGCAGCCACGUGCCGCUGCCAGCCAUGACUUUGCUCCUCGUCCUCGUCCUGCUGGCCCUGUGCUGGCCCGUGCACGCCACGUGGGACAGCUCCAGAGCAGCAGCAAGCCAUGGAGCAGCACACUCAUGCGUUUCUGGUUACAGAGCGACCUGCGGGCUGCGGCCCAUGGCUUAUCACUACGGCACGUCGCGUGUCGUGGGUGGCACGGACGCCCAGCCAGGGGCCUGGCCCUGGAUCGUCAGCAUCCAGGACCCCUGGGAAGCAGGCACGGGGCACAUCUGCGGAGGGUCCCUCAUCAGCUCGCAGUGGGUCCUCACGGCAGCCCACUGCUUCAUCAACGCCAGGCACAUCAGCAUGUGGCGCGUGGUGGUCGGGGCCACCCGCUUGUCUCGGCUGGGCCCGGAGGUCCAAGUGCGCAAUAUUCGGCGGCUCCUGGUUCACCAGCACUAUAAUAACAUCUCACAGAGCAACGACAUUGCGUUGCUGGAACUGAACCACCCCGUCCAGUGCAGCUACUACACACAGCUCGCCUGUGUGCCCGACGCCUCGCUGAGAGUGUCGGAGCUGACGACCUGCUACGUCAGUGGUUGGGGUGCCACGGCUGCAAGAUCUGCAAAAUCAGCUGAUGUCCUGCAGGAGGCCCAGGUCCACCUCAUCGACAUCAACCUCUGCAACAGCAGCCGGUGGUACAGAGGGGCCAUCCACAGCCACAACCUGUGUGCUGGCUACCCACAGGGCGGCAUCGACACCUGCCAGGGUGACAGCGGUGGUCCUCUGGUGUGCAAAGACAAGAGUGCGGAAUACUUCUGGCUUGUCGGCCUGACCAGCUGGGGGAGAGGCUGCGCAAGAGCCAGGCAGCCCGGCAUCUACACCUCCACGCAGCACUUCUACAACUGGAUCCUGGUCCAGAUGGGACUGCGCCCGGCAGUAAGGGCGACUCCAGCAUCACGGGACUGGAGUCAUUUUCUCACCACCUCCACCCCCUAUCAGAGGCCAAAGACAACACCAACACAAUCGGGCAGGUUUGGAUCCUGCCCGUUUCCACGACAGAAGCUGGUGGAAUUCUUUACUCGGGUGCAGGAGCUCCUGAGGCUCCUAAGAGGGGAAAAGGCUUGAGCAGCAGGACGCACAGGACCCAGCGCAGGCUGCAGCGUUCCACCGCGUCUCCUUCUGGGGCAACACCUGCCGAUCCAAAGGCAGCCUCAGUGCCAAAGGCCUGCUCAGUCCUGCCCACGCUCCUCCGAGUGUACGCAGGUGCGGACGAUGACGGUUGUUGAAAUAAAGUUGCCGAUUUUCUCAGCUAACCGUGCCUCGCUCCA